AAUCAAACAAAUUCAUCAAGAAAAUGAAUUUAAUGAAAUUAAUUUAACAUAUUUAAGAAAUGAAUUAAUAGAAAUUACACAAGAAUUAAAUAAUCCACCAAAGAUCUUUAUUAAAGAAGAUUCACAAUCAUUUAUUAGUGAAAUUUCAAUUAUUUUAUCAACAAAAUCAAAAUUCAACAAAUGGAAACAAAAUGCCAUCACUGUGGCUGGUGGAAACAGGCAAGGACAGCGAUUAAGUCAGUGCAACUACCCUCACGUCAUCUUUAUUGAUAAAAAUAAAAAUAUUUUCAUUGCUGAUUAUUCAAAUGAUCGUAUUGUUGAAUGGAAAUAUAAUGCAAAAGAAGGAAAAAUCAUUGCAGGUGGAAAUAAACAAGGAAAUCGAAUGAAUCAACUAAAUGGACCAACAGAUGUGAUUGUUGAUCAACAAAAUCAUUCGAUUAUCAUUGCUGAUCAUGGAAACAGGCGAGUGAUUCAAUGGUUUAAUCAAAAUCAAGAAAUUCUCAUUCAGAAUAUUCAUUGUUGGGGCUUAGCAAUAGAUAAAAAUGGAUUUCUUUAUGUUUCUGAUUGGGAAAAGCAUGAAGUACGACGAUGGAAAAUGGGAGAAUACAAGAGAGGAAUUAUAGUGGCAGGUGGAAAUGGAAAAGGAGAUCAACUUCAUCAACUCGAUUAUCCUACUUAUAUCUUUGUUGAUGAUGAUGAAUCUGUUUAUGUAUCAGAUUAUCAUAAUCAUCGUGUGAUGAAAUGGAGAAAAGAUGCAAAAGAAGGAACAGUUGUUGCUGGAGGAAAUGGUCAAGGAGAAAAUCUCAAUCAAUUGUCUUCACCUCACGGAGUGAUUGUUGAUGAUUUGGGUCAAAUCUAUGUGGCAGAUUGUUGGAAUGAUCGAGUAAUGCGUUGGUGUGAAGGAAAAGCAGAAGGUGAAGUUGUUGUUGGUGGAAAUGGUGAAGGAAAUCAAUCAAAUCAAUUGAAUCGUCCCCAUGGUUUAUCUUUUGAUGAUGAGGGAAAUCUCUAUGUUGCUGAUUUUUCAAAUCAUCGAAUUCAAAAAUUUGAAAUAAUAUUGUGA